AUGGGCACCAUGUCAAUGACCCUGCGCUCAAAAUCCGCAGAUCGGCGCCAGUUCUCCGGCAGCUUGGGCUACGAUGCCGACUCGAGUCUGCUUCAUGGCAUCCUUGGUAGCUCCCGGUUCCUCGAGCAGAGCCACCUGAAACGGGCUCAUUCAACUUUCGUCCCUAGUGCUGUCGCCAUGGCACAAUCGACCGGAGCCAUGGCAACCAGCGGUUACUCUACCAUGGGCGGCAGUAGCAGUGGGGGCGCCCCGGCCCAGUCGAACGAAGCAGCCAACGAAGAUGACGAUGAUGAUAAUGCCUCUUUGGACGGUCAGGAUAUGAUUGCCUCCCGCUUUACCACUGGCAGUGGGCAGGCUAUGUCGGGUUCCUCGUUUGAAGAAAAGAAUACCCAGGUGGUGUCUAGGUCAACCGCUGAUCUGCCCUUCACCUCUGCCAGUUACUUUGGCUGGGAGCUCGGUAUGGGUGAGCAGGUGGGACAAGCCACAGUAGCGGUCGUAACAAGCGUUAUGUCUGGAGGUAUGCAAAGCCAGGAAGCAGGCGAAAGAGAACAGUCAGUGCCCCAGGCUGGAGAUAAAAUAGAGGGUCCGCCGGGGCCAGCAGCCUCGGUGCCCCCAGCAGUGCUGGCUGCCUCCCCAAGAGCCACUAGUGUCGGCCCAAUCUCAAAGGAGGGACCGGAUAAUCAAUACACUGAAAGAGCACCACCUAAACCUCUUCGAACAUCCACGAACUUGGCUCGCAGGCAGACAUUGGCUGGAAGGGAGAUUGAGGUUCAAAAGCAUGUGAGUUAG